GCGCGUAAAACCCUAGAUUUGCCAGCCGACUAUCGCCCGAGAGCUGCUUUAUCUAUUCGAUCUUCUCUCGCAGGCUGUUGUAGUGGCAGUGUCAUUCGCAGAAGAUGAAGUUCAACGUCGCAAAUCCGACCACUGGUUGCCAGAAGAAGCUCGAGAUCGAUGACGACCAAAAGCUCCGUGCUUUCUUCGACAAGAGGCUCUCUCAGGAAGUUAGCGGAGAUGCUUUGGGCGAGGAGUUCAAGGGUUAUGUCUUCAAGAUCAUGGGAGGAUGCGACAAGCAAGGUUUCCCAAUGAAACAGGGAGUUCUGACUCCUGGUCGUGUCCGCCUUUUGCUUCACAGAGGUACUCCUUGCUUCAGAGGACACGGAAGGAGGACUGGAGAGAGGAGAAGAAAGUCUGUCCGUGGUUGCAUUGUGAGCCCUGACCUCUCUGUCCUUAACUUGGUCAUCGUGAAGAAAGGUGAAAACGAUCUUCCUGGGCUUACCGACACCGAGAAGCCAAGAAUGAGAGGUCCCAAGAGGGCUUCAAAGAUCCGCAAGCUUUUCAACCUUGGAAAAGAGGAUGAUGUGAGGAAGUAUGUCAACACAUACCGCCGCACCUUCACAAACAAGAAGGGCAAGAAGGUUAGCAAGGCUCCUAAGAUCCAGAGGCUUGUGACACCACUGACUCUCCAGAGGAAGAGAGCUAGAAUUGCUGACAAGAAGAAGAGAAUCGCCAAGGCCAACUCUGAUGCUGCUGAGUACCAGAAGCUUCUUGCCUCCAGACUUAAGGAGCAGCGUGAUCGCCGUAGUGAAAGUUUGGCCAAGAAGAGGUCUAGGCUCUCUUCUGCUGCCGCUAAGCCCGUUGCUGCUUAAACUCCCCCCUCCAACAAGAUUAAGAGAUUUCUUCCUCUCUAGUUUGUUUCUUGUCCGUAUUUAAGUUGCUCUUGAGACAUGAAAGCGCCAUUUUGAACGUUCUAUUUUCGGGUAUCUGUUUUGUUUUAACUUUCAAGUCUUUUAUUAUAUUAUUAAAGUUUUGAACCUCGUACUCUGUUGUUAUAUUUCGUUUAGAUAUUUACAUACCGUUUCUCAA